AUCCGCCGCAUGUUUUAGCUACACCACACAUGUCCUAUCUUCUAUAUAUCUACCUCAAUGCCUUCUUACUUCUACAUAUAAGAUUAUACACAACAAAUGAACAUUAGAAUCUCGUAAUUCAAACACAAUGUUCGGGACAUUAUCAGAAGAAGUAGAAGUGAAGGUACCCGCAGACAAAGCAUGGGAUCUUUACGGCUCAAUCAAACUCGGCGACAUCGCCAAGAAAAUCUUGGAUAACCUUGAGGUCGUUGAAGGUGAUGGUGGCGUUGGUACUAUCAUCAAGGUCACAUUUAAGCCAGGGUCAGGGGUUUCAUAUUAUAAAGAAAAGUACACGAUGAUUGAUAAUGAGAAGAAGGUGAGAGAAGCAGAGAUUAUUGAAGGAGGGCAUUUGGAUUUUGGAUUCACACUUUAUAGAGUUCGGAUUGAGGUGAAGGAUAAUCCGAAUGAUGAGAUGGGUUCUUCGUGUUUUGUGAAAAUUACGAUUGAGUAUGAGGUUAAAGAAGAGGCUAAGGACAACGCGAAGCUUGCAACUAUCGAACCGUUUGUUGUUCUUAUGAAGUUGGCUAAUGAACAUCUCUUGAGUUCUAGUUAGUUCACAAUGUUUUUGAUAUUGGAUGUUUUUGAAUACUAAUGGGUUUGUGUCUUUUUUAUAAACUAAAAACAAAAAUUAAUGUAUAAUAAGAGAUUAGGGUUUGAUUCUUGGAGAAAAGAAAGCUUGGGGUUGGGUUUUUUACAUAUAUCCCAAUAGGUUUGACCCUAUGGCCUAUGGUUACAAUCAACCCCACAACAAAACUCAAAAAGGUGAUAGGAGUUGAAGUGAGAGUUUAUAAAGUUUUUUCAUUGUCGGAACAAAUGUGAAUUUUCAAGGUCGAUCGCAAACAUCCCAACCAUUUAGCUUAUACACAAUAGCCCUCCAACUAUUCGACUACUCAGAUUUAGUCCUUUAGGUAAUGACCUACACUCAAUUAAGCUAAGUUUGAGAUACUGAACCAAUACCAAUGUUAAGAUUACAUAGGAAUGAAUCUUUCAAUACAUUGUGCAAACAUAAAUUCACAAAGAUGGGCAACUUUGAGAAAAACUUACAAUCAAAAUGAGAGGAUCGAUUUUGAUGAAACCUGUUCACAUGUUGCUAAAUAUGUUAAUCACAAGUGUUGCUUGUCUUUAUCUAAAUUAAAACUGGAAGUUGUUUCAUCUUUACAUAAAUAAUAUUAUUGCUUUGCAGUGUUCUUGAUGAAGAUGUUAUAUUAUAAAGUUUUAAAAUCUAUUAAUGGGUUGAAGUAGGCUCCAAGGAAAUGGAACUGAAAUUCUCCUAUUUCUUGAUAUAGUUUGGGGUUAAGUAACUAGAAAACGAUUUACUUAGGGUGUGUUCGGCAAAACUAGCUUGUAGCGAUUAGCGGGUAGUUUGUAGUUUGUAGCAUUUUGUUAAACACUAUCUGAAGUAACAUUUUGAUUUGGAG